AUGUUGCAGCUGAUUCGACGUCGCGCUUUGAGCGUCUUGAGCGGCAUCUCGGACGAUCUACUCGUGAGCUCCAGUCUCGGCCACCACAUUGGCGGCCACUCGCAUGCGGCACUCGUGGACAGUCUCGUCCAAACACACGUCGUCGCGGCUGGUUCUCGACUGGAGGCCGCGCUCCGACGGGUGGACCGCGGGGACUUUGUGGCGCCCCAGUUCCGGAACUCGAGCGAGCGAUACGCAAACCGUCCGCUGAAGGUCGGCACCGAAGCGACGAUCUCGACCCCCCAGCACCACGCACAGGUGUUGGGUGCCCUGGAGCCACACCUGCAGUUAGGGAUGACGGCAGUCGACGUGGGGUGUGGCUCGGGGGUCCUCGUGGCGGCGAUGGUGCACUUGGUGGGACCUCUGGGAUCGGUCACUGGUGUAGACAUUGUCCCGGACCUUGUGGCCUUUGCACGAGACAAUUUGCACCGCAGUUUGGGCAAAGCAGUUGCAGCGACGCAGACACAGGUGGUGCUCAGUAGUGGCAAGAAGGACCUGGGUCUGCCCUGUGGGAGUCGCUACGACUGUAUCCAUGUUGGCGUUGCUGUCGAGACUAAAGCUGAAGCAGAGAGGUUCCUCGAGUACCUCAAACCUGGGGGGGGACUGGUCGUUCCGCUCGGUGGACCAAACACGGAGCAGAAGUUGGUCAAGAUGACAAAGCUUGCCGAUGGGACUGUGGACAAGCGUGAUCUGAUGAGCGUGCUCUGUCAGCCAAUGUUGGACAGCGUGCCGGUGGCGAUCGGGCGUGAGACGCGUGCUGAAAAGCUCGAGCGGGUCGAGAAAGCUUUGGCGCAGUGGCGCGAGGACUAUGAGGCCGAGAAUGGACGGAAGCCCACGCGAGAUGAUCUACUCGGUAACGCCGUCGCGAACCAGCUGUUCCAAGAGUUUGCGGCGCUGCGAAAGUAG